AUGUCGCCCCAAGAUGUCUCCGCCCCGCGCACCACCACCACAACCAACGGCGCGGGGCCAAAGUCGACACCCACCAAGAUGGAGACCCUGUGUCGCGAACUGAAGGGCAAAGUCGACGCCCUGCUGGCCAAGCCGACCGACGACGACGAAGUCCUGAAGUCGUUGCAGGACCAGGUGAGGGUCGCGAGGGACGUCAUCGAGGAAGCGCUGCGGCGGUAUAGGCCCGAAGAGCUCUCCCUAUCCUACAACGGCGGCAAGGACUGCCUAGUCCUCCUAAUCCUGCUCCUCGCCUCUCUCCCGACCGUCUUCCCAUCCUCCUCGUCCUCCUCGUCCUCUACAGAAACAACACCCCAACCGCCCCUCCCGACCUCGAUACAAGCGCUCUACAUCCGCCCGUCGCUCCCCUUCCCCGAAGUCGACGACUUCGUGGCGACCUCCUCGGCGCACUACGGCCUCGACCUGACAACAUCGCAAAACCCACACAUGAAGACGGCGCUGACGGCGUACCUGGCCGAGCGCCCGGCCGUGCGGGCCGUCUUCGUCGGCACGCGGCGGACGGACCCGCACGGGGCGCUGCUGACGAGCUUCGACCAGACGGAUGCGGAUUGGCCGCGCUUCAUGCGCGUGCAUCCUGUUAUUGACUGGCAUUACCGGGAGGUUUGGGGGUUCAUCCGCGCCCUCGAAAUCCCGUACUGUCCCCUCUACGACAUGGGCUACACCUCCCUCGGCGGCACGGACGACACGCACCCGAACCCGGCCCUGAAGAAGGAGGCGGGCGCACAGAACGGUAAUAUCGAGGGGGCCGGGAAUCAGGCGUUUAGGCCUGCGUACGAGCUGAUGGAGGACGAGGAGGAGCGGCUGGGUCGGGAUCGAUAG